AUGUCGCUCACACCAAGCGCAACCUCGUCUAUCGACGGGGAGAAGCAACGAAGACCAAACACCGAUAUCGAGCAGCCGCCAAUCAUCGAGAAGCAACCCGAAUCGAUCGAACCUACAACAGCACCCGAAGCAGUAAGCCCAUGGCACCCAAGCCAAUUCCCGGAUGGUGGCAAAGACGCGUAUCUAUGUCUGCUCGGAGCAGCUUGCUGCUUGUUUUGCUCGUUCGGUUGGAUCAACUGCUUGGGCAUCUUCCAGAACUAUUAUCAGAGGAACCAACUCCGCGACUAUUCGCCUUCGACAAUCGCCUGGAUCGCCUCGCUGGAGAUCUUCUGCAUGUUCCUGCCCGGCCCAAUCGUAGGAUGGGUCUACGACAACCACGGUCCCAGAUACAUACUCAUAUUCGGAACGCUCAUGCAUGUAUUCGGCCUCAUGAUGACCAGUCUGUGCACUGAGUUCUGGCAGUUCGUCUUGGCUCAGGGCAUAUGCAGUCCUUUAGGGUUGAAUUGCAUUUUCCAGGCGGGAACAAGCUCCAUCCCGACUUGGUUCCUCAAGAAGCGAGGUAUCUCAUACGGCAUGAUGGCAGCCGGUAGUGGACUCGGCGGCAUUAUCUUUCCAAUCAUGGCGUCCCAUCUCAUUCCUAAGAUCGGUUACGGGUGGACAAUGCGCACCAUUGCAUUCGUGAUCUUGGGUCUCAUGUGCAUCGCUGGCCUCACAGUCAAAUCCCGACUUCCGCCCAGGCCUCGUCCAUUCCAGCUGAAGGUCUUCCUGGAACCCUUCCAUGACGUUAGCUUCGUCUUGCUCACCACUUCGUCGUUCCUCUUUUUCUUCGGACUAUUCAUCCCCAUCAACUUUAUCGAAGUGCAGGCAAUCGCUAAUGGCAUGUCCGUUCGCCUCGCGGGAUAUCUUCUGGCUGUUCUCAACGCCGCUAGCAUUUUCGGUCGGAUCAUCCCCGGCGCUCUUGCAGACAAAGUUGGCAAAUUCAACAUGCAGGCGCUUUGGUGCUCGGUCGCAGGCAUCAUCGUCCUUGCCCUCGGUCUUCCCGCAUCCGGUAACGCAGCAUAUAUUACAUUCGCAGCUAUCUACGGUUUUUCAUCUGGCGCUUUUGUGUCUCUACUUCCCGCUCAGAUAGCGCACAUCUCGAAAGUCGAGCAGAUCGGUCUACGCGUAGGGGUUAUCUUUGCCUCCAUCUCAUUCGCGGGUCUGGUUGGCAAUCCGAUUGCAGGCGCUAUUGUGUCGAGAAACAACGGGAAAUACUGGGGCUUGAACGUCUUUGCGGGUAUCAUGCUACUAGCCGGCGCAUCUAUGUUCUUCUGUACGAGAAUGUACAUUGCGAAGUGGCGGUUGCUUGUGAGGGUCUAG